CCAGUACUUUCUCGACCUAAAUAGUUUCUGAAUCGCGUGAGCGCGAUAUCGCAGCUGGUAAAAGCAAGAAGAACCAGAAGCUUGGUGCGGCACCAGAGGAGAGAGAGAGAAAGAGACGAGGAGGUGUCGCAGAAGAGACAGAAAUACCAGUCUGAAAUCUGGCUAUCUCAUCCGAACAUCCAUCGUUGAUCUUUGCUCUUCCGACGUUUCCGGAAUAGAUCCUCACCUCUUUUUCUCGGGAUCCUUCUGUUUUUCCGGCUGUCGUUUGGAUCUCGCCGGGCUGACCUUGAUUUGGUCAGAGCCGAUUGGAGGCUGAGCCAGAUCUGAGGUUUCUGCUGUGAUACCGCGCAGAUCCCGCGAACCGGAGUCGCUGAAGAGGAGAUCGAAGAUCUUUUUUUUUUUUUGGGAAAAAUCGAAGAUCUUUUGGACGGCUUGGAAGUGGAUCGCCUGCGGAGUGGCUCAGGUGGAUAGAGAAGAGGAAGGAAGAAGGGGGUUGAGGUAGGAAGAGAGAAGAAUGGCGCCGAGUACGAUCCGGAAGGCGAUCGGUGCGGUGAAGGACCAGACGAGCAUCGGCCUUGCUAAGGUGUCGAGUAACAUCGCCCCCGACCUCGAUGUGGCUAUCGUGAAGGCGACAAGUCAUGACGAUGAGCCUGCUGAUGAGAAGUACAUACGCGAGAUCCUCAGCCUCACCUCCUACUCCCGCGGAUACGUUGGACCAUGCGUGGCCACCGUCUCUCGCCGCCUUGGUAAGACCCGUGACUGGAUCGUUGCCCUUAAGGCUCUCAUGCUUGUCCACCGCCUCCUGGCCGACGGGGAUCCGGCCUUUCACCACGAGAUCCUCUACGCCACCCGACGCGGUACGCGCCUCCUCAACAUGUCCGAUUUCCGCGAUGAGGCCCACUCCAGCUCUUGGGACCACUCCGCCUUCGUCCGAACCUACGCCCUCUACCUCGACCAACGCCUCGAGUGCAUCAUCUAUGACCGCAAGCAGACCGCCGCCGGUGGCGGUGGCGGUGGCGGUGGCGCUGGCGCUAUCGUACCCUAUGGCGGAACCUACAACUCCCCACGCGAUCAGCAGCAAUGGAGAUCACAGGCCCCCUACCACUAUUCGGAUUAUGGUGAUCCCGACCCUUAUGGCGGGGGCAGCUAUGGGAGGAACUCAACUUCGUUUUCUUCGCCUCGGCAAGGUGAUGAAAAGAAACCCGCCACUCCUCUCCGGGAGAUGAAACCUGAGAAAGUGUUGGGUCGGAUGCACCAACUGCAGCAGCUGCUCGAUCGGUUUCUCGCCUGCAGACCUAUGGGCUUGGCUAAAAGCAGCAGGAUGGUUUUUGUUGCGCUCUACUCAAUUGUUAGAGAGAGCUUCCAACUUUAUGCCGACAUCUGCGAGAUACUGGCUGUGCUGCUGGAUCGCUUCUUUGACAUGGAACAUGCCGACUGUGUGAAAACCUUUGAGGCCUAUGCUAGUGCAGCGAAGCAGAUUGACGAGCUCACUGCAUUUUACGCAUGGUGCAAGGACACAGGAGUGGCCAGGUCGUCGGAGUAUCCAGAGGUGCAACGCAUAACAGAUAAGCUUCUGGAGACCCUCGAGGAAUUCAUGAGGGACAAGGCAAGGAGGCCAAAAAGCCCACCAAGGCAGGAAGAGCCUGCAGUGCAGGAGGAAGAGCCAGCGCAGGAUAUGAACAGCAUAAAGGCUCUUCCUGCCCCAUCUGACUAUGAGGAGCAACCUGCACCAGAGCCGGAGCCCAAACCAGAACCGGAGCCCCAGCCUCAGCCUCAAGGUGAUUUAGUUGAUCUUAGGGAGGAUGCAGUGACAGCUGAUGCGCAAGGAAACAAGCUUGCAUUAGCCCUUUUCUCCACUGGCGCUGGGACGGCAAAUGGGACAUGGGAGGCAUUCCCUUCAGGGGAAGGUGAAGUAACCUCUGCUUGGCAGACACCGGCAGCCGAGCCAGGGAAGGCUGAUUGGGAGCUCGCAUUGGUUGAGACAGCCAGUAACCUUGCAAAACAGAAGGCUGCAUUGGGAGGAGGCUUUGACCCUCUCCUUCUCAAUGGCAUGUACGACCAGGGUGCUGUUAAGCAGCAUGUAAAUGCUCAAGCGAACUCAGGAAGCUCGAGCAGCGUGGCUCUCCCGGCGCCGGGGAAAACUGCUACACAGGUCCUGGCCUUGCCAGCACCCGACGGCACCGUUGAGAACAUCGGAGGAGACCCCUUUGCCGCCUCACUCUGCAUCCCUCCUCCAUCCUAUGUGCAGAUGGAUGAAAUUGAGAAGAAGCAGCGGCUACUGCUGCAGGAGCAGCAGCUGUGGCAGCAAUAUGCAAAGGAUGGAAUGCAGGGCCAGGCUAGUCUUUCUAAGCUCAACAAUGGCUACUACUACCCCAACCCAGCUAUGCAAUAUGGGAUGCCGAUGAUGCCACCGCCUGCCGGAUUCUACUAUCCACAUGUGUAACAAUCUUCCUCUCUUCCCUUUUGCCCCACUUUAUUUUGUCCUGUGCUUCAUUUUUGUGCCUUUGUGUGUUGAUGUUAACUUUUGUUGUUCCAUAUUUCCGGAUGUAUUUUCAACAUCGAUUGCUAUGUUCAUUGCCGAGCCAUUAUAGUUAUAUUGUACUUAAGCUGUUGUACUUAUUCUUAAUGGAUGACUGUGUUGCAGUGCAUCAGAUGCUAUUUUAUUUUUUAAUCUUAA